AUGAUUCAUUUUGUUCUGUUAAUAAGUCGACAAGGAAAAGUCAGGUUGACAAAAUGGUAUUCACCUUAUACCCAGAAAGAAAGAAGUAAGGUAAUACGAGAGCUGAGUGGGAUGAUUCUCACACGUGGUCCCAAGCUUUGCAACUUUGUUGAGUGGAGAGGAUUUAAAGUCGUUUAUAAACGAUAUGCCAGUCUCUACUUCUGUAUGUGCAUCAACCAGGAAGACAAUGAAUUGGAAGUCCUUGAAAUUAUUCAUCAUUAUGUUGAGAUUCUAGAUCGCUAUUUCGGAAGUGUUUGUGAGCUGGACCUGAUCUUUAAUUUUCACAAGGCUUAUUAUAUACUGGAUGAGGUGCUAAUAGCAGGAGAGCUUCAGGAAUCGAGCAAGAAGACGGUGGCCCGUCUAGUGGCAGCACAGGAUUCUUUGGUGGAGGCUGCUAAAGAAGAAGCAAAUUCUAUAAGCAAUAUAAUUGCACAGGCAACCAAAUAAGCUUCUACUUGCCCUUAUCUCUAUCAUAUUGAUAUAUUCACAUCUCAUUUUUACUAUCUUUUUCUGUUGUUUUUUCCCUUUUGUUUGUGUGGAAAUCUUUUUUUUAAGUGUUAGAAUUUUGAAAUUUGAAAAGUCAACUGAUAUUAAUCAAAUGUAUGGAUGUGUGUAUUUGUUCAUUUUGAGUUUCUAGAUGUGUAACAACGAUAUAUCUUAACUUGCAAGUGUUUACAUGCUU